GAGGGUUCCCUACGAGCGUCCUGCGGUCCCCUCGGCUUUGCUGGAGGUUAAAGCGUUAACGCGUUUUUAAUGAAACCGCCGCUGCUGCGAUGAGAUCCACGAGUGAGAGUUUUGCUGGAUUCCUCUUCGCGUAGUUCGUCGAGCCCUGCUGCGCGCCAGGCUCUGCGGGGAGAACAGCGCCAGCCCCUUUCACGCUUGGCUCCUUUGAUGACGAGUCCCUGCUCCUUGGGGAGGGGGCACACAAGUCCCACCCUCAAGCAGCUUACGCUUUAGAAAGGCGGGGGGACAAGCUGGUAACAGCCCUGUCCCUCCGUGGUUUUUAUAUCUGGGAAGAAAGGAAUUGCAUGCUGUCCUGGUAAUUCUUUUUAUUAAAGCCCCUUUCCCCUCCUGCCCCCACCUCACCACCACCUUGAGCAGGACUCCUGCUCCUCCUCCGUAGAUUUUCCUUCCCUUGUGGACCGUCUCUGGCGACCACAGACGUCAUAAAUCUCCCUCCAGUAAAAGGUAGUGAGCACGGUGGCUCUCUCCUUUUGUUGCUGAUCCUUCUGGUUUUGAUCAAAUUUUAUUUGAUCAAAUAAAAUCAUGUUUUAAGGGAAGCCAGGAACUUGAAGAAGAGCUUGUCAUCUUUCCUCCCGACAAGUUGAAAACUCUGUGUCUCCCAGGAAGCCUGGUACCAUAGGCUCCUCCCGGCACUGCCCUGUUGGGAUUUUGGUGACCCACCGCAGGCACACCUGUCUGAACACCUCGAGGACACGCUCAUGUUUUUGCCACCUACGUAUUCAUGUGCACAACGCGAGGUGCCACGUGGCUCCCAGGGUGAGGGGCAGGACACAGCAGGGCGGGCGUCCACAGCUCCUGUCCCGUUGUACUUGGAUGCAGGGGCUUCGCUGGCUGCCCUGAGCCCUGCAUCCCGCCUCCUGCCCUCCUGUGGCUGCCCCUCUGUGGUCCUCCAGACGCAUCCCUCCCGCCCCACAGCCUCCUGUCCCCGGUCUCUCUGCCCAGACCAUGGGGACCUACUCUCUUGCCAGAUUUGAGCCUCUCGAGGGCAGGGGCCACCCUGCUGCCCUCCAGAGGCUGGGCCAGCCCCGGGCCCGGCUGCCUGGAGGACCAACUCAGUCCUGCAAAUAAAGCCUUUCUUCCUGGAAAUAUCUGCACACAGCUCAGAGCGUGAGGUAGCUGGUUAAGACGUAAAAGGCGCUCAAGCAUGAUUUUUCUUUGAACUUUCUUUUUUGAUGUGUUCAGAUCUAUGGAUGUUAACGACAGUAGUUUGUUUAUUUUUAAAGAUUUUAUUUAUUUGACAGAGACAUAGCGAGAGAGGGAACACAAGCAGGGGGAGUGGGAGAGGGAGAAGCAGGCUCUCCGCAGAGCAGGGUGCCCGAUGCGGGGCUCGAUCCCAGGACCCUGGGAUCAUGACCUGAGCCGAAAGCAGACGCCCAACGACUGAGCCACCCAGGCGCCCCCACAACAGUAGUUUAAAGAGUUCACACACACCCUUCACCAGACCCCCAGGUGUUAACUCACAGGGGACUUUUGAAACCUGGGAAUCUGCGUUUUCGUCUUCUCCCCAGGCUCACAGAGCCACACUGUUGAUGACCGCUGAAGGCCCGGGAGGCGGGAGAGCGCGAUGGCUGGGAAGAGGCCGUCGGGCGUGGGCAGGCAGCGCCGGCUGCUGGGGCUGCUGCUGGCUGUAGCCGCCAUCCACCUCAUCACCUGCCCCUAUGCCAAAGUGGAGGAGAGCUUCAACCUGCAGGCCAUGCAUGACUUGCUUUACCACCGGCUGGAUGUGGGCAAGUAUGACCAUCUCGAGUUCCCCGGAGUGGUCCCCAGGACGUUCCUCGGGCCCCUGGCCGUGGCGGUGCUCUCCAGCCCUGCGGUCUAUGUGCUGUCCCUGCUAGAAGCAUCCAAGUUUUAUUCUCAGCUAGUAGUCAGGGCUGUCCUUGGACUUGGCGUCAUCUUCGGACUCUGGACUUUACAAAAAGAAGUGAGGCGGCAGUUUGGGGCCACGGUGGCCACCAUGUUCUGCUGGGUGACAGCCACGCAGUUCCACCUGAUGUUCUACUGCACGCGGACGCUCCCCAACGUGCUGGCCCUGCCCGUGGUGCUGCUGGCCCUCACGGCCUGGCUGCAGCUGAAGUGGGCCCGCUUCACCCGGCUCUCGGCCUUCGCCAUCCUCGUGUUCAGGGCCGAGCUGAGCCUGUUCCUGGGCCUGGUGCUGCUGACACCGCUCUGCACCCGGAGGCUCUCCGUGGCAAAGGCCCUGCGCUGCGCCCUGCCGGCCGGGGCCCUCUGCUUGGGACUGACGGUCGCCGUGGACUCCUAUUUUUGGCGAUGUCUCGUGUGGCCGGAGGGAAAGGUGCUUUGGUACAACACCAUCCUGAACAAAAGUUCCAACUGGGGAACCUCCCCGCUGCUGUGGUAUUUCUACUCGGCCCUGCCCCGCGGCCUGGGCUGCAGCCUGCUCUUCGUGCCCCUGGGCGCCGUGGACAGGAGGGCCCUGGUGCUGCUGCCGCCCUCGCUGGGCUUCGUGGCCCUGUACUCGCUGCUCCCGCACAAGGAGCUGCGGUUCGUCAUCUACACCUUCCCUGUGCUCAACAUCGUGGCCGCCAGGGGCUGCGCCUGCCUGCUGAACAAUUAUAAGAAGUCUUGGCUGUAUAAAGUGGGGUCCCUCCUCGUGGUAGGACACCUUGUGGUGAAUGCCACAUACUCGGCCACAGCCCUGUAUGUGUCCCACUUCAACUAUCCUGGUGGUGUGGCCAUGAGGAAACUGCAUGAGUUGGUGUCCCCCAGGACAGAUGUCGUUCUGCACAUCGACGUCGCUGCCGCACAGACAGGCGUAUCUCGGUUUUUGGAGGUCAACAGUGCCUGGAGGUACGAGAAGAGGGAGGAUGUGCAGCCCGGGUCGGGGCAUAUGCUGGCUUACACGCACCUCCUCAUGGAGGCCGCCCCUGCGCACCUGGCCCUCUACAGGGACACACACCGGGUCCUGGCCGGCAUUGCAGGCACCACCGGGGUGAGUCUGAACCUGACCACACUGCCUCCCCUUGACGUCAACCUAAAGACAAAGCUGGUGCUUCUGGAGAGACUCCGUGGGCCUUCCUGGGAAGGGGCCAGUGUCCUUCCGAGCACAUCGGAGCUCCGUCAGCAUCCCGGCAGAUGAGACAGUACGAGAAACAACGGAACCACGGACGUGCCCCCGACGCAGGCCUGAGGGAAGAGGCCCAGCUCUUCCACGGCCACCCGGGACCACGCACGGUUAGAGCAGCGGGGACGGCAGGCCUUGCCCCAUGCCUCGGCUGCUGGCCCUGGGCCUCUUGGAGCACCCGAGGGAGCGCCCCCUUCGGGCCAGAGCAUGUGAGUCUCUGUGACGGUGGACAGUGGGAACCUCGGCGCCUGCUGACCGCGACUCCUGCCCCCGCCCGAGCUGCAGGGCGAGCCCUUCGUGGGCACAGGCACACCGUUUCUGUCUCAGACAAAACUCUGGGGAAGUCACAGAGGAACAAGAAUAAAAAUUUAAAUGUUUCCUUA